AUGCCAUUACUUCAAGACGGGACAAAUCUAUACUUUAUUCAAGAGCAACAAUUACUGUUUUACUUAUAUCAGCUUUUAUUGCUUAUGAUAAUUUAUAUUUUUUAUUUUUGGCAAAAGGUGUAGGUAUAUUCGGUGGAUUAUUCCAUGUGACUGCUACUACUAAUUUUUUCCACCUUUUUAUCUUUUUAAUAACUAGCAAAAAAUACAGCAGCCCGGGUAGACUUCUAUUUACAAAACUAAUCUAUUACGGAACCUUACUUUUAAAUAAAAUGGGAGAGCAGUUUAAAAUUAUAGAAUACUCAUUAAUUAUCUUAUUUAUUGUUACAGGUAGUGUUUUCCUAAUUUCUACUAGUGAUUUAGUUUCAAUAUUUCUAUCUAUAGAGUUACAAAGCUAUGGACUGUAUUUAUUGUCAACUAUCUACAGAGAUUCAGAACCCGCUACAUCGGGUGGUCUUAUGUAUUUUUUACUAGGGGGACUAUCAUCCUGUUUUAUACUAUUAGGAACAGCUUUACUUUAUGCAAAUUCUGGUACAACAAACUUAGACAGCUUGUAUAUCAUAACUAGCAUAUCUGAUGUAAGUAAAGAAAACAUUACGGGAUUACUUUAUUGA